UCACGGCUCUUGGCAGGAAUCGCGUUGGCUAUGUGGCCGAUUCUAUUCGCUCCGGCCGUGACGUAACAUUUGAUUGGCUUUUGUACCACAGUUUUGCGGACGUUGAUUGGUUGGUGUGACAGUUCCGUUGUGCGCUGCACCGUGUCCUAUAUGGGAGGAGAGUGUGAUGUUGGCAACCGAAGGCUGGGGUCCAUGUCAAAUAGGUUUCAGCGGGGAUCCGGCAGAGCAAUGUUCUGCAUUUGCCUUGAUGUGCUCUGCAUUCCGUUGUGUUAAGACCCUCCUGUCCAGGCCAUCAUGAAGCUGAAGCAGAGGGUUGUUGUCCUUGCCCUGCUGCUGGUCAUUCUUGUUCUUACCAAGCUUCUCUUACUGGAUCGACUGGAAACUUCCGCUGCUCAAAGACAAGACCAGCUGUCUUUCCAGCGCAUGAUGUCUAGUCUGAAACUCACAAUGGACUCUCGGCUGGAGCACACCUUGCAGUCCCCUUGGGAAAUUGCAUCCCAGUGGGUUGUCCCACGGGAAGUGUAUCCCGAGGAUACUCCAGAAAUGGGAGCAGUUCUACAUGCCAUGGCAACAAAGAAAAUUGUUAGGGCUGAUGUGGGAUACAAAGGAACGCAACUUAAGGCGCUGCUAGUCCUUGACGGUGGACAGAAGGUAGUCUUCAAGCCAAAGAGAUACAGUCGUAAUUACAUUGUGGAGGGAGAGCCAUAUGCUGGUUACGACCGGCAUAAUGCGGAGGUAGCUGCCUUUCAUUUGGAUAGGAUCCUUGGCUUCCGGCGGGCUCCUCUUGUGGUUGGUCGAUAUGUAAACCUUAUGACUGAGAUUAAGCCAGUAGCCACCGAACAACUUCUAAGCACCUUUCUGAAGCAAGGGAACAAUUCCUGCUUCUAUGGAAAGUGUUACUACUGCCGGGAAACCGAGCCAGCCUGUGCAGACGGGGAGGUAAUGGAAGGUUCGGUUACUCUCUGGCUUCCUGAUGUCUGGCCUCUCCAGAAGCACAGACACCCAUGGGGAAGGACUUAUCGUGAAGGCAAACUGGCGAGGUGGGAGUAUGACGAAAGCUACUGUGAUGCCGUAAAAAAAACCUCGCCUUAUGACUCGGGACCACGACUUCUGGACAUCAUUGACACUGCUGUCUUCGAUUAUCUUAUUGGCAAUGCAGAUCGCCAUCACUAUGAGAGCUUCCAGGAUGAUGAAGGAGCCAGUAUGCUUAUACUCUUGGACAAUGCCAAAAGCUUUGGGAAUCCAUCGUUGGACGAGCGCAGUAUCUUAGCCCCUCUCUAUCAGUGCUGCAUUAUUCGUGUGUCGACUUGGAAUCGUCUCUCACACUUGAAGCGGGCGUCCCUUCGCUCAGCGCUGCUGUCUGCCACUGCCAGUGACCCCAUUUAUCCAGCGCUGUCUGAAGCUCAUUUGGAAGCUUUGGAGCGCCGUCUGCAGGGGAUAAUGGGAACAGUUCAGCAGUGCAUAGACCAGUUUGGGACCGAUACCGUGAUGGUGGAGGACAGGAUGACGCUUUCCCACUUGUAACACGUCCAUUAGAAACUAGCUUAAUAAAAA